AUGGAGCCAGCGAAUGAGGAGACAGGCCGGAUACCGAGGCCACAGCCGGUCCCUGCUUCCCCUCCUGAUCCUCCGCCGGCUUUUUCCAGCGCCUCUGAUCACGAUACGCCCCCAGCCGCUUCACACUCGACACCCAGCACUAGCUCGAGUCCAGUCUCUUCGCAGUCUCCCAACCACUCGCCAAAACAACGCCCGGUUUCAGGCAUAGUUCCUCCGUAUUGGAGCCACCAACGACAUGCAUCUCGCACCUCCCAAAUCUCCGUCGAUGGCGGACCAGCGAUAACACUCGAAGAUCAUACUGAGGAUCCCAACUGUGAAACCAGCCGGGGCUUGUGGGCCAAGAGUGUGACAAUCGACGAUCAUGUCGUUGUGGAAGGGAAAACCGGAAUUGGUGCAUAUGUGGUUUGGAAUUGCAGAAUUCGAACCCUUGAGGGUGGUAUCAUCACAGUCCGCAUGAGGUACUCUGAGUUUGACGACCUACGGACGAAACUGGUAGCUGCUUUUCCGCACGCGAAGAAUGCGCUGCCGUCGUUGCCGCCGAAAAGUGUCCUGUUCAAAUUCCGGCCCAAAUUCCUCGAUUCACGCCGAGUCGGUCUUGAAUACUUCCUGAACUGUGUACUCCUGAACCCUGAGUUCGCAAGCUCCCCGAUAGUAAAGGACUUCUUGUUCGGGCGAACGUGCUAG